AUACUCUUUGGAAUGGCCAAAAAUCAACUAAUCGAGUGGUUGAACUGUGUAAAGUUAAAAUUAAUAAACAUCAUACCUAGAGGAAAACUUGGGAGGAAUGUGUUUCACGUACAUUUAGAGAAGUUUUUCACUUUGAAGUCAAAUAACCGGCUGAGAUAUGAUGCCUACAGCAACCGCUAGCAAUUAAAUGCAAUUGAAGACCAUGGUUGCAAUUUCAGGCUGCAGAAUGUGGGUAAGAGUUUUUCAGAAAACAGCUAUUUUAAAGAUGACCCAACUGUAAAACUGCGAGAGUCACUUCUUCCUGCUAACUUUGGACAUCACGCUACAUCAGAAUGACUUCACGCACGUGCUGCGUACCAAAGUGUGAAAGUCACAGAAAGCAUAUCCGGCUCCACGAAGUACCUAGCCGCCGCCAGCCUAGAAGCCGCAAAAAGUGGAUAAUGGCGAUCCUGUCAAACUGUCCUGACAUUAAUACUGAGGAAUCGGAAAGGCUAAAAUCUAGUAAAUGGCAAUUUGUCUACCACAAGCAUUUUGAAAAGAAGUUUGUCAACAGUACAAUGCGACUUAGAAAUGGUUGUUUCCCGACGUUAUUCACGGAGAGAGAAAUAGCGACAGGAGUGCCAAAUGCUGACCCUAAAACUCUUCUUCAGGAGACAACCCGAAUUGCAACAAUUGAUCACAUGUAUUAUACUAUUAAAAAAAUCCAUAUUGACCAUACAUAUUCAAAGACAGAUGAGGAUGAAGACGCUUGGAUGGAUCAUUUACCCUUUCCAACCAAAUCAGGAAACUUACCCACCGAUACUGCUGAUGCCGAUGCCGCUGCUUCAAUAGACGCGGAGUCUGCAUUGCAAGAGGACGAACCAACAUUUGAAGAGGACAAUGACCAGACGGAGAGUGACUCGAGAUUGCCAAAGGACGAAGUCAUGAUAGAUUUCAUAAUUGAGCACCCGGCCUCGCCUGGACGUGAUAUUUUCGAGACUAUUGAACCUGAAGAUCCAAAGAAGGAAACAGUUUUCUCGUGGGAGAAAACGGAGUUGUUAGAAACGGAUGACCCUGAAGACGAGGUGCUGGUGCCCGAAACGAAGAUACCCGAAGACCCCCCGACGCUGUCCUUGUUUUGCGAGGAGCCUGAUGAAUCUGUCGGAACGCCUAGUAAACCAGAAGCAGCAGUUGUCCCCAAGGAUGUCGUGUACCGGUGUGUGGAUUGUGCCGUGGUCGUUGACGGGUUCACGUUCUGGUGCGUGCAGUGCUUAUGCGGAGUGAUGUGCGGCGCGUGUGCGGCGAUGUCACCACACGACAUACAUUACGUACUGCGCGCGCCAAAGGGCGCCACACUUAGUCAAACGCAGCCGGUGUUAUUAGUCAUACGAGAACAGUUGCAGAAAGAAAACUUACUGACUCUCUAUGGAACUGAUGUUGAUGGUGUGAAAGUGGAAGUGAAACUGGAGCCGGAGGAGCCUUUAUCUCCGCCCGCGCCCACUCUGCCGCCCGACUUGGAAGACCCGCUCGCCACAGAGUCCGAUUCCGAGGCAGAGUCCCAACCCGAGUCCGUGGAGCCCCACUCCGAGGCUGUGCAGUUAUGUAUGGAACUCGAACACGAGAACGUCGAGUCCCAUUCUGAGGCCGUGCACUCUGUCGAAGGCGUAGAGACCCAAACCGAGGCCGUUCAAUUUUAUGUUGAGGGCGCAGAGGAGGGUGUUGAGCCCCAGUCUGAGGCAGUUCAAUUUUAUCUCGAUGGUGUAGAACCCCACAUCGAGGACCCUCAACCCAUACAAAUCUCUCUCGAAGGCGUAGAACCCCAAUCCGAAGCCGUGCAAUUCUAUCUCGAUGGUGUAGAACCUCAUCCCAAGGCCGUGCAGUUCUACCUCGAGGCCGUGGAGCGAGGCACUGAUGCCGUGUUGCUUCAAGUCGAGAACACAGCGCCCGGCACUGAGAUGGAGCUUCAUCAUGAGGCUGUGGGGCCCGACAAUGAAGCCAGGGAGCUCCGACUCGACGCCGUAGUCGAAAAGCGUGUCAACAAGGAAACAGUCGAUCAUCACCAUCCUUUCAAGCGUCCUCGGCUCAUGGAAAUCCGACCGGGCCACAAAUUAUACCCCACAACCAGCCCCAAAGUUAGUGAUGUCCAACACCAAACUCUUAAAAGAAUUCCACCGACCAUAAUAUCACAAGCUGUCCUAAGACCUCCGAAUACCAUGCCUAGUAAUCGCACAGGAUCUCAAAUUCUUCCAAAAAUCCAAUCUAGCGAUCUCAGACAGUCAAAAACUCUUUCAAAGUCUUCACCCACCGAGCUUUUGAUGCCACAAAAUGUGCAUAAAGGACCUAAUAUUCUCAAAAGGCUAAAAACAAAAGUCGAACUCGGAAAACCGACUCUCUUAAAGCAAGAUAAGAUUCAAAACAUUGCAAAAGGUUCAACUCUUAUAAGGACCCAACAAAGCAAUCCCAGAGGGUCAUUACUCCUAGUACCACAAAACAUUGGCUUUUCUGAACUAAAAGUUACUUCAGGACCCAAACGCUACGAAACUGUGAUCAUAAAUUCAGACGAUGAUGUAGAGUUUUUGGAUGAAGAAGUAUUGGAUAGUGAAAACGAAGUUUAUAGUAGCUUAAAUGAAGAGAAUCAGGAUGAAAAUAGAAUCUUAGGCAAAGAAUUAGAUGGAGAUAUAGAAAGUGAUUUAGGGAACGACGAUUUGGAAAAUAGAAUAGAUAGAUUAGAUAGAGAAAAUCGGGAUGACGAUAGAUCAGAUGAAAGUGAAAUAGAUGAUGCAGAAUCAAAAGAUUCUAGUAAAGACAAAGAAAGUGAAAUAGACGACGACGAUUUAGAUGAAGAUUUCAGAAUAGAUGAACAAGACCGAAUAGACGAAGAUUCCAUGGAUGAGACAGAUAGCGUUGAAGGAGUUGUUAGGAGAACAAGACACGCAAGAAAUACUGCGGGAAGUCAAAGAAAAAUGGUUCGAACGCCAUCAGAAGCCGUGGUGCAGCUGCAGCGUCUUACCUCACUAGAUAUAAGAAACUGGACGGCCCGCAGUAAAUCCCGAAGAAAAGACUGAAAUAAACUACAACCUAUUUUUUACACGCUUUU